AAAUCGCGUAUAUAAUAUAUAAUUAUUGUACCAUAACGUUCGAAUAUCUUCAUUAGGAUCACAAUUAACGUGAGUAAGAUCAUUAAAAGCAAGUUAAUAAAUAACUACCGGAACGCUUUCUGAUAGUUUACUAGAAAUUUUUCGGUAGCUAACAAGUAGUUGCAUUUUUUUUAUAUAAAGUUGGAUGAGCAGUAUGAAAAGAAUUAUUGAUUAAAAUAAAUUUAAUACAGUGUUUAGUGAUGUGGGUGAUUGUUGCUGCAAUUUGGAUGUCUACUUUAAUUUCCCGAAAUGUUUCGGGAGAAAAUGCGGAAGAAACGAACCAACAUCAGUAUAGAAGUAGCAAAUUUUCAGUCGGUUUUCAUCUAUUUUUACCAGUGGCCGGAUUGAUUUUAGUUGUUUUAGGAAGGAGACAAAUAUUUGAAAAACUAUUAUUACAACUCGAUAAAAAAUAUUUAACAGUGAUCUGCCCCAAUUUUAUAAGAAAAGAAGCGCUAUUGAAAUGGGCUUGUAAUAGAUUACCGCCCACUUGGUCUUCUUAUUCCUCUAAAACUUUAUCCGGGGGGAUAAAAGAUUUAUGGACUGACGGGUCUUUACUUUGUACUUUAAUAAAUACGGGGGUACCGGGGGCUUGUCCUAAUCCCCAUCGACAUUGGAAACAACCACCAUCACACGCACAAGCUUUGGCCUAUAAAUAUUUCGGAGUAGCCCCGAUUUUUUCAAACGACGAACUGAAUAAGAAAUUAACGUCGACAUUAGACAGAAAAUUUCUAAAAUACUUGACGGAUAUUCAAAAAUCCAUUAACCGCACUACGAGUACCGAUAGGGAAAGCAAAAUUUCCGAACGCUAUAUCGUCAGAGGCAUGGGACUAUUUUCCGGCGAGCAAUACAAAACAGCCGAAUUUUAUAUCUAUUUAGACGAAAACAUCGACGACGAUAACGAAAGCAACGUCAUAAUACAGAUAAAAGGACCGUUCGGAUCGUUCGGCGAAGCCGUGGCGCCGAAAUUGAUAAACAAAAAGAGGAAACGCAGACCGAUUAAAAACGAAAGACGACCCUCGUUGAAUCUGAUCGAAAAUUUGCAAUCGCUCCAAUCGAACAUCAUCAAUUUCACUAGGAGUCCGAGGAAAAUAUGCGGGGAGGAAAUCGACGUGGAAGCCAUAUUGGAAAAUGAUAGAAUUAAAGUGACUUAUUUUCCGAAACAUCAAGGAAUGUACGAAAUUAGUUUGGUCGGUGGUGGGGAAGUGUUGAAAUGUAGUCCUUUCAACGUUCAUAUUUUUGCUAAGGAUAAUAAUUUAGAUGGAAUUGAUCUGAGGAGGAAACGUACGAAAACUGUUAGAAAAAUUACAGGUAAUCAACAAAACGGAAUUAUUUACGAAGAAAAAGUCACUUCAACAGAUUCCAGAAUAAAAAUUAAAAACUUCGUAAAUCAAAUUGCAAAAAAUGCUGUAUCGGACUGUACUAUUGAUAAAAACAAUAAAAAAACCGAAAAAUCAAUCAAAUUAAUCAGUCCCAACGAAAGUAAUAUCGAUAUACUGAAAAAGAAUAAUCAAAAAAGUUCCGAAAAAAUACUUAAAAACUACGUUGAAGCGAAAAAUGCGUCUGAAAAUAUUAAUUACAAGGAAAAAAAAGCCUCAAAAAGUGCGAUUGUUGAAAAAAUCAACUUAUUCGAGUCCAAACACGAGGAAUCACCCUGUAAAAUAGGCAAUAUACCAGUGCAAGGAAACACCGUCUCGAAUAAACAAAUUUCGAACGGCGGCGGCGAUAAUUCGAAAUCAAACAACGCUGUUUCUGAACAAAUAAGUAACGGCAAACAAUUAAUUAGCGAGUACAAACAAGUAGACCGUAAUAAUAAAAAAAAUAAAUUUGAAAAUGAAUUAAAAAUUCCGGACAGUUCGCUAGAAAAUUUCUCAAACAAAUUGGAGGUUAAAUAUUUUAAGAGUAUCGUUAACGAAACUAAUAAAUUGCAAAAUAAAGAUGACGUCAAUAAUAAUUCUAUCAGAGAUAGAGUACAAAUUUAUUUGGAAAAAUCGAGAGCCGGCUCUGGAAUUUCGAAAAAAAAUACUUCUCCGAUAUGCCCCGAUCAUAUUGUACCGGAAGUAGAUUACAAGAAAAAAAAUGUGGCCGAAAAAAGAAAGAUUUUCGCUCAAUCUUCAUUAGAAAUCGGACCAUUUUCAAACAAUUCCUCAUUUUCGGAUAACGAAAAUAGUUUAGGAUCAAGUGUGAAAAAAAUCCAACCGAAUUUCAAUAUUUCAACCGAUAUAAAAGAACCAUUGAAACGUUGGUCGUUAUACAGUACGAUAAGUUUACCGAAUCUGUCAUUAGAUUCGGAAAAUUCUUCGAUUGGUUCGGUAAAAGAUAGAAAAGACUUUUGGGAGAAUAUUUCCGCCAAGAGUGAGAAAUCUGUAAUGUCGACAAAAAGUGAACUUGAAAGGAGCAAAUUAAUUUGGAAAAAACCGACAAUUAAAGAAAAUAACGAAAAUAUUUUCAAAUCAGCAGACAAUAUUUUAUCUAUAACUGGUAGUUUAGUUCGUACUAAUACGAAAAAGUACCAAUCUGUUGAUGAUUCUUUAGAUAAAUGUACUACUUUAUCUAUCAAAGAAAGGAAAAAAUUAUUAGUAAAACAAGCUGAGGAAAUUGGAAAAAUUACUGUUAUAAAUAAUGUUGAUGGAAUAAAAAACAGUACGGAGAGAAAAAAUAAAAAGUUCAAUGUAAAAUUUACUCCUAUUCAUGAUAAAAUCAAAAGAUAUAACAGCGCUUUACAAUUAUCAACUGGAGAACCUGUAAAUGUACAACAGAGAUUUGUAAAGAAAAUUCAUACUGCUCCCAGUAUAUCAACAAAAAACGACAAUAUCGACGUUCCAAUUAAUCCAGUACACCACCAAUUCAAUAAGGCAAUAAAAUAUUUCAAAAAUUUGGAGAUACAAUCUCAGAAUAAUAAUAACGGAUCGAAAAAUCUCCACGAAUCGAUUAAUAAAAACCCAAGUGUGAGAUAUAGAAGCGGAAGUUUGAAUAUACCAAAUGUAUCUGAAAGAUACUCAAUAAAUAAUCUCUAUGAUGAUAUUUUUGGUACGAAGGGGAGUUUCAAAGGCACCCCUAAUAGAUCAGCAGUUGUUAAAGCUUUAGCCACGUUUUCCAAAACCCCCAAAAGAAAUCUUGGAGACAACGAAGAUGAUAUACAGUACGAUUUAUUCAAAUUUGUUAAAAAAAGGAAAAGAAAAAGUUUGAACUCGAUUUUUGAUAUUUAUUAUUAA